CCUUUUUUGAUCUUUUCAGUUUUUAGCACUUUUGGUGGCAAGAUGAUCGAUCCAAUUGAAAGCAAUUUGUUUGAUCUUCCUGAUUAUGAACACACCCAGGACGAGACCUUUCAGCCUCUACCACCUCCAGACUCUCCAGGGGGGGCAGCCAAAGAUGCCUUAGUCAAUGGAGAUCCAGAGGGAAAUCAGUUGCCACAAAGCAAGGAUUUCUCUGUGACCACAAGAAGAGCUGUUAAAAGAACAAUACCUAAACUAGAUGCUCAAAGAUUAGUUUCAGAGCGAGGACUACCAGCUUUAUGCACUUUGUUUGACAACGUAAAAUUCAGAGGUAAAGGUCAUGAGGAAGCAGACCUCAAGAUGCUUAUAAGGCACAUGGAGCAUUGGGCUCACCGGCUCUUCCCUCAACUUAGGUUUGAAGAGUUUGUCGACAGAAUAGAGAGCUUAGGAAAUAAAAAACCUGUUCAGGUAUGCUUAAAGAAAAUUCGACUUGAUCUACCCCUUUUGAAUGAAGACUUCAGAAGUAAUGAAGGUGAAGAUGAGGGCAACGGUAGACUUGACCCAUCCGCUGAGGAAUCAGAUUUCCUUUCUGAAACACAGAACACGAGAGAACAGUCAGGUUCAUCUUUAAGUACGGCGCUAACAGAGGAGCAGCAGCAGAGAAUGGAAAGGAACAGACAAACAGCCCUUGAAAGGAGACAAGCAAAAUUGCUGUUGAGUCCAUCUCAGGAUGAUGAGUUGCCUACAAAUGAAGAAAACAGCGCUGCUAUCGCUCAGGAAAAAGAUGGUGGCUGCGUAGACGCAGGCGGUGUCCCUUUUCAAGCUACGGAGAAGACGCAAAAUAGCAUAGAUCAACGACCUUUUAGCUGUUUGGAAUAGCUAUAGCAUAGUUUUCCUUUUACUGCAACUUUCGAUGCUCACGCUGGUUAAUUUUGGCAGCUGUUACAGAUUUCAGUAUUUUCUGUGAUGCCAACAUUUUAAAAAAGUGUUUUCAUUCCAGUUUGAAGAACACAUUGAGCUUUAAAGCAACAUUCGUAUAGCAAAUGUUAAUGAGAACAAUGCAUAAAAGUCAAAUGAUGUUAUAUUUCUACAAUUUAAAUCUUUUAUAACUUUCCCAUUGUGAAAUAUUUGUAAUUGCCCAUGUUUUGUACUAGAAAUGAAAAUAAUAAAUCUUGGAAACCAGAGCU